AUGGCGGUCGAUUCUUUUCUACCUCCAUUGCCCGACGAACCACCUCCGCUUACCCCACCCCCGCCGGAGGGAAGCCCUCCCAGUUCAACACAAGCAGAGGCUUCUGAAUCGUCUGAAUCGUUUCUCCCUCCGUUACCGGACGGACCACCUCCGCUAACCCCAUCCCCGCCGGAGGGAAGCCCUCUCAGUUCAGAAUCAGAUGACGGGUUUCAUGAACUUCAUAUGCCAGCAGGAACUUUGAUAACACGGAGUAAGACUGGUGGGGUUCUGGGUGACAAGGAAGAGGUUUUUCCACCGUGGUGGAAAUCUGAUAUCGAUUUGGACUUUGAAAUGGGACUUUCUGAAGAUAAGAUUAGGCUUCAGCGUGAGACAGCAAUUGAGGCUCAGAUGUUGGACAUUGGAUCCCUGGAGGCCGAGGGCUUCUUAUGGGAGGCCAAGUUGUUGCAGCAACUUAGACACCCUAAUAUUAUCCAGAUUUACGGCGUCGACCCUGAUGGGCCUGCAAGGAGAGUCCGGUUCGCUAUGGAACUGAUGCCUCAUGGUAGUCUCCAGGUGGUUUUAAAAGGAGGCAGGGAUUCUACAAAUCCUAUAUGCAAGAUUGGAGACUUGGGAAUCUCUAGAUUUAAGGAUUUGGCCAGCUCCAUUGACCAAGGACCUGGAGAUGUGAUUGCUUUAACUGCUCCUGAGAUCAUUCGUAUGGACAAGGAAAAUAUCUGUGAAAAGGUUGAUGUGUACGCUUUCGCUUUUAUAAUGUGGGACAUAAUGAGCUAUUGUAUGCCUCUGUAUCCAGAGAUGACAGCUGCUGAAAUCGGGGCUGCAGUCCUUAAGAGCUGUAGGCCAGUUGUCCCGUCACACUGUAACCAGAAGUGGAAACAGUUAAUGGUUAGGUGCUGGAAUCAACUCCCGGAACGAAGGCCACACAUGCACGAAGUUGCUGAUGUUUUAGAUAAUCUGUUGACCGAAGUUAGUCAGGAGGAAAAGGCACACGGGACUGUCAUGAAGAGUAUAUAG